CAUCCCGAUUUCCUUGAUUCCUUUCCCCCAGUAGCCAGCUUGCUCUGCGUUGUGCAGCGACCUGAUACACAAUGUGGAUUUGGAACUGGUUCGUUGACGUCCUUUCGCAGCUUGGGCUGCUGAACAAAAAUGCCAAAAUUCUCUUCCUUGGUUUGGACAAUGCCGGUAAAACGACAUUGCUUCACAUGUUGAAGAAUGACCGACUUGCGGUCCUCCAACCCACGCUUCAUCCUACAUCUGAGGAGCUUGCAAUUGGUAGCGUCAAAUUCACGACAUACGACCUUGGAGGUCACGUACAAGCACGGCGACUCUGGCGUGAUUAUUUCCCAGAAGUAGACGGUAUCGUUUUCCUGGUUGACAGCGCAGACCACGAACGUUUCUCAGAGUCAAAGGCGGAGCUCGACGCGCUUCUAUCAAUCGAGGAGCUCUCAAAGGUUCCAUUCCUUGUGCUCGGUAACAAGAUCGACGCUCCUGGUGCUGUGAGUGAGGAUGAGCUACGACACAACCUUGGCUUGUAUCAGACGACCGGAAAGGGCAAAGUACCGCUGAGCGACAUCCGCCCCAUUGAACUCUUCAUGUGUUCCGUUGUUCAGAGGCAGGGCUAUGGCGAGGGCAUUCGCUGGUUGUCGCAAUACAUGUAGGCUUAAUUACGCGCUCUAGAAUGAGUAGAGGACGGUCGAGUUAGUCGACCCAGGGAUAAUCGUUUUACCUCUUAAUUUUUCUUCAAUUUCGUCCAUCUGCGGCUCCAGUUUUUCUUGUAGCACCGCUCUGUUGCAUCGCCUUUCAUACAUGCUUUAUUCAUUCAUUUCCACUAUCG